UGUAACAUGUCACUCAAGGGGUCUUUUUUUUUUUUGGUGUGUGUUAGGACCGGACUGAUUUACUGGUCUGUAAUGAAUUUCGUAUGGAAAAAAGUCGUGGCUGAUGAACAUCAGUUUUUCCUUAAACAAUUGUCAAAAAUGAUAAGGCUGUAAUAUUUAAUAACAUCACAGAGAAAAUUUAACUAUUUUUUUAGUAGGAUAACAUAUGAAUGCACCUGAUCAUGAGCUAAUCACUUGACUUUAAUAUAUUAAUCCAUCGAGGCUUCCUUGUACCCUAAUCUCAUUGACUCCACUACAAACUCUACCUACACCUGGCAAACCCGUUGCUUAAUAUUAAAAACACUUCGUGAUCCUAAAUAAAUACUUAACACAACAAGAUUUCUCUUCAUAGAGCCAUGAAUCGAAGGCUGAAUCAGGCAGCAUGGAAUGGGGAUGUUGAUCAUCUGCUUAAAGAGAUCGACAAAAACCCAUCUAUGCUUCAUGCCGUAGCAUUGGAGGGUAGUGAGACUCCCUUACACAUAGCUUGCUUCGCUGGACAUGUCAACUUCGCAUCAACAGUCAUCAAACUGAGGCAGGAUUUUUCUAGGGAGCUUAACCAAGAUGGUUUUACCCCUUUGCACAUAGCAGCUGCUUGUGGGCAUACCGAAAUUGUUAAGGAGCUUCUCAAAGUUGACAUUGGUUUGUGUUUGAUCAAAGGAAAAGACAGAAAAAUUCCUCUCCAUUUGGCUGUGGUGAAAGGUAAAGUUGAAGUUGUCAGAGAGUUGCUUUUGGCGAGCGUGGAUUCUGUGGAAUGCACGACUGCGCGACUUGAGACUUCGCUCCAACUAGCAGUGAAGAACAACCAAUUCGAAGUUUUCCAAGUUUUGGUUCAUCAUCUGAAGCAAGUAAACAAGGAAGAUCUUGUGAAUUCUAAGGACGUUCACGGCAAUACAAUCUUACACCUUUCCGUCUCCAUGAAGCAAUAUGAGGUGGUUGACUUUCUACUUAAUGGGCAAGUUACCAGUAAGGAGAAGAUUGAGUUGAAUUCCUUAAACAAUAGAGGUUUAACUCCUCUUGAUAUGCUACUAAUGUUCCAAAGUGAAGCUGGUGAUCGGGAAAUUGAAGAGAUUCUUGUCAAAUCGGGAGCUUUAAAAUCUGAAAACUUACAAUCUCAAGCGUAUCCACAAGAAGAAAGACCAAACCAUCCUGACACAAGACAUGAAAACCCUCGAUCUCCAGCUAGAGCUAUGUUAGACUACUUCAAAUACAACAACCUCAAAGAAUCUCCUACAAUAGUAAGAAAUACCCUUCUCGUGGUUGUUAUUCUGAUCACAACCGCAACCUAUCAACCAGCACUUAGUCCUCCCGGAGGUGCUUGGCAGGAUGAUUCCAUUCCAUCCGCAGGCAAUAAUACAUCAUCAUCUACAGCGAAUAUUACCACUUCUAUUAAACGACACACCGCAGGAACUGCUAUUAUGGGUACCGAAAAUCCGAUAGCAUACAGUAUAUUUCUGUUUGCCAAUUCCAUGGGGUUCUACAUGUCAGUUCACAUGAUUUACGUACUCACAGAUGCUUUCCCUUUGCAGUUGGAAUUGAAGAUUUCAUUGAUUGCAAUCAGUGCAACCUACGUUGCUUGCAUGAAUGCAAUUGCGCCAAAUAGUUAUAUAACCUUUGGUUUUAUUGGAAUUUCGAUUGCUAUGCCUUUUGGGAUACCAUUUGCGAUCACGCUUUAUAGAAAUUAUUUGAAGAAGUCAAGAAGUACAUCGCAUCAGAGAAGUGAAGAAAGGAUUUGAACUAGUACUAGGUCUUCCUUAGCUUCCUUUCAAAUUCUUCAACUCUUGAUCGAUGCAAUAAGAUGUCAUGUUUUUUUUAUGAAUAU